CACGCAGGGGUCAUAGAGCCCGACUAUGGUUGCGAUACCUGGGCCGACUACGAUGAAAACUGCUAUGGCCCGGUCGACACAGGAGAAAUUCAAGAAUCGUACCCGGAAGGAUUAAUCUGGACCUGCUGCGAAAAGCGUGGUCAUGAGGACGGCUGCAAGCUCGGUCGCCAUGAAUCCGACCCUGCGAAGAAUAAGCAA